ACUACCUCUCUCCAAGUGUGCUGCCAAACUCUGAGGAGUCUAAACUUGGGACAUACUUUACCAGGCUGUCCAACACAACACUACACUGAACAGUCAUAGCCAAGCUUUAUGCUACUCAACAUGGAGCCCAAGAAAAAGAACUUUUUUGAUAAUUUCCGUCUGAAGACAAAAAUGCCCAACCUGAAGAAGCCAGGCAAGAAGGGACUUGGAAGGCAAGGCAUGAGGCUUGGUCAUCGUUACAGCAUCUCAGUGCCAGACCUGAGGUUACUGCCAAGUGAACCCUCUCCAACACCGAGUGCCCUAGAUUACCCUCAAGGCCGACUGUCCACUGAUUCACCCUCUUUCUUCUUUGGUACUUCCCCUGGGCAAAGUGACACCGACUCCAUUGCUAGCAGUUCUAUCACCAAUGAACCACCAUCAUUUGCCGACACACUGAGUGAUUCAGUCUCCCUGACAAGGUACAAAGUUCCCAUGGAUGAUACAGAUUCUUUUGACAACCUAAUAAGUCCACCUGUGAUGCCACUGACCCACUAUGAAGAGGUGGAAGAUGUCAGAAGAGAUCCAAGCUCAGAGGGCAAAGGGAAUUUGAGUGCAGAACCAGUGUAUGCACAAGUAAAUAAGCCACCCAAAACUGUCAAAGGGAAUGUACCGAGGCCUCUGUCUCUUCCUGUCCCUUCACCAAGAACUGUUCUUACUAAUAUAAAUGCACCUCUACCCCAUCUAGCCCUCUCAGGAGACCAAGAGAAUCUCUCCACAGAGAGACUUUACAACACAGAAAAUACUUCUACAGAGAGAGUGAACAUGUCCUCAGGGGGAAUUACAGCAGCACUUGCCAGAGCAAGCUCAUUUGGAGAGCAUGCAAACCUUCAUACAGAAAAACAGCCCUCAUCAAAUGAGCAAAUAAAGCUUCCACCUGAGAGAGGGACACCACCAGCAAUCAGAGAAGACAUAUCAUAUGCAGAUAGAUGGUCUCGGCCCGUACCCAGAAGAGGCACACCGAUGGAAAGCGCAGAUGGUACCUCACUGGACUCUGCCGGUGAUACACCCAGUGAGGAGCGAGUCAAUAUGCCAUGGACCACGGACUCAGAGGAACUGGAUCGAGACUUUCUCUCUCCCCAGAUAUCGGAGGCCCUCUGCAUGGAGGAGCCCCUGCUGGAGGGAUCCCAGCUAGAGGAGGUCUGGGAAGAAGCAGAGGAGAUGUCUAGUGAGCACAGUGAACUCUUUGACAAGGCCAUGCAAGACCUGUCAGAUAUCUCAGUGCUGACACCAGGGCUUGAGGUCCCAGCAGCUGUGGCCUUACAAAGAUACCUCCUCACCAUCAACCUUAAGGAGGGCAGGAACCUGACCGUUAAACGCAAACGCUCUGGUACAAGUUAUCCCUACGUGAAAUUCAAACUUGAGGGGAAACAGUUCUAUAAAAGCAAAGUGAUGUCGAAAAACCUGAAUCCACGGUGGAACGAGUCUUUCUCCCAUCCUCUGCGAGACAGAGAGCAUUCCGUGGAAGUGCGGGUCUACGAUAAAACCCGGACCACCGAUGAUUUUAUGGGUUCUAACUUUAUUUCCCUUAAGAAUCUUGACUUGAACACAACCUACGAGAUGGAGCUACAUCUGAAUGAUCCUAAAAGUAAGGAGGAUAACCUGGGAGUCAUCAUUGUUGACGUCUGUCUAAUGUUCAGAGAAGCCACCAUCAAAAGAAGCCCAAGAUGGCCACCAAAGAAGAAUAAGGGAGGCCAGCAACAGAACCAAAUCCACGCAGUGGCACAGCCCCAGCGCUCAUCUGAGACUCAGAAGAAUCAACUUAAGAGCCAGUGCUGGACAGGGGUGUUUGGUAUCACCUUGGUGGAGGGACAGGACAUGCCACGGUACGGCCAAGGAGACAUCUAUGUCCGCUUCCGGCUGGCUGAUCAGAAAUACAAGAGCAAGAACCUAUGCAUUCAAGCCAACCCCCAGUGGAGAGAGCAGUUUGACUUUAAUCAGUUUGAAGAGAACCAGGAGCCUCUGCAGGUGGAGGUGUUCUCUAACCGAGGAAAGAAGUGUGAGGAAUCAUGGGGAAUGGUUGAGGUUGACCUGUCGAGACUACCGGUUAAUGAGAGGCAGCUCUACACCCGUGUACUAGACCCAGGGAAGGGCAGGCUGGUGUUUCUGGUCACCCUGAAGCCCUGCUGGGGUGUGUCCAUCUCUGACAUCCACUCUGCUCCUUUGGAGCAGCCUGAUGAGAGGGACAUGAUCAUGGGAAAAUUUAGCUUGAAAAAUUCUCAUAAGUGUGUGAGGGAGAUUGGAUUCCUUCAGGUCAAGGUUAUAAAGGCAGCAGACCUUCCAGCGGCAGAUCUCAAUGGAAAAAGCGACCCCUACUGUGUUAUUGAGCUUGGUAACAGUAAACUUCAAACUCAGACCAUUUACAAGACUCUAAAUCCAGAGUGGAAUAAGGUCUUUACAUUCCCAAUAAAGGACAUCCAUGAUGUGAUAGAGCUGACUGUCCUCGAUGAGAACGGAGACAAAGCCCCAAACUUUUUGGGGAAAGUGAUGGUCCCAUUACUGAGUGUUCAGAAUGGUCAGCAGACGUGUAUGUUCUUGAAGAAAGAAGACUUGGGAAGGUUGUCCAAAGGGACCAUCACGCUGGAACUGGAGGUUAUCUAUAACAAAGUCAGAGCAGGUGUCAGAACCUUCCAACCAAAGGAAACCAAAUUCACGGAGGACAACCUUAAAUUUUCCAAAAAGGUUCUUGCCCAGAAUAUAUAUCGGGUACGCAAAAUCAGCACAGCAGUGCUGUACACGUUACAGUACAUUAAAAGCUGUUUUCAAUGGGAGAGCACGCAACAGAGUCUAAUAGCCUUUCUGAUCUUCCUGGUGACAGUUUUUUACUGGGAACUUUUCAUGCUGCCCCUCUUCCUAUUGCUGCUCAUCAGCUGGAACUACUUCCAGUUCACCUCAGGCAGGGCCAACUCCAACCAGGACCUGGUAAACAUGAGCAUGACUGAUGACGAGGAUGAAGAUGAGAAGGAAUCUGGGAAAAAAAGUUUGAUGGAGAAGAUACGUAUGGUGCAGGAAGUGGUUAUCACUGUUCAGAGCAUUUUGGAUGAAAUCGCAAGCAUGGGUGAACGAGUCAAGAACACAUUCAACUGGUCUGUGCCGUUCUUGUCCUGGCUGGCCUGUUUGGUACUGUUUGUUGCAACAGUCUUGUUGUAUUCCAUUCCCCUGCGCUACAUCGUGCUAGUGUGGGGCGUUAACAAAUUUACCAAGAAGCUCCGCAACCCACAUGCUAUCGACAAUAAUGGAAUACUGGAUUUCCUCGAGAGGGUGCCGUCUGAUGUUCAAAAGGUGCAGUACAGCGAGCUGAGGGCGCCCAGCAUUCAGAGCACACCACGGAGGAGAAGGUAAGCUCUGUGGAUGGACACUCUGGAUGAAAGGCUGGUCGUUUGAAAAUGGUAUGGCCCGGCCUGCCUGACAACAAUGCUCCACUGCCAGCAGAACCCACUACCCCAUGCCCCCUACCACACCACUCUGCCCCCCGGCCCCUACUCCUUGGGUGAAGCCGCUGCUCUGCGGCUUGUGUGCCCCCCCCCCCCCCGCCCAACCACCUCCCUUUCCAUCAGGGACUGUGCACUACAGCGGCCAGGAGGGCAGCACAUGGUGCUGUCAAUCACAGACCUGAAGGCAAAGAAAUGAGGGUGCUACUAGGCUUAGCCUGCAUUCACGGAUACAAUUUAGAAAAGGAAUGAGAGGCAUAGGGUUUGGCUUACCUUAGACCUCCACUGUUUUGUUUUUUAUUGACUUCAGUAAAAGGGAAUUCGCCUUAAGGUACAGCUAAACUUAAGAAUUCAAAGAAGAUAAAAACAUGCCAUCCUUUAUGAAUUAUGUAUGUAUUUUUAUUACAAAUGUCAAUGUGUAAAUAUUGCACUUCCAAGUAACAUUGAUAAAUAUGUGUUAGAAAGGAAGAUAAGACAAGAAAUUUUAUUAAACCCUGUAAAAAUGAUUAGUUUAUCUUAUAUUAAUCGUAUCAUAUUGUAUGAAUACACAGUGUGAAAGAAUAUUCUGUAAGGCUCUUAAAAGUGCCGUACUGCUUUAGAAUGAACCGCGACUAUUACAUGGUAGAGUCUCGUUCAUCUUUCGUCAGUAACAAAAGAAUAUUGCUGUUCAAAACUUAAGUCUAAGAAUAACCGAGCCAAAGACGGGCUCUCUACUUUUGAUGCUGCGCUCAUAAAUAAACAGACGCAGCGUGGCCAGACCGACUUUUUAAGGUCAAAGUUUGCGCAGAAAACUAUCUGUUAGAUUUGUGUACUUAAAUAUUCUUUCUUUUUUUUUCUCCAUAUUUUUCCAUAAAGAUUACUAUACUGAAUAAACGCUCCAUCUUGAU